AUGCUUCAACUCAAAUACCUCACCCUCGACGUCUUCACCACCCAACCCUUCCAAGGCAACCCUCUGGCCGUGGUCUUCCUCCCCUCCGAUCCGCAACACACCCUCACCCAACGCCAAAAACACCUCCUCUGCCUCGAAUUCAACCUCUCCGAAACCAUCUUCGUCCACCCCGUCACCGACCCCAACAAUAGCCCCCACCGCACCAUCGACAUCUUCACCAUCGAGUGUGAAAUCCCCUUUGCCGGCCACCCCACCAUCGGCGCCGCCAGCUGGUUCCUCGUGCACGGCCAGCAAGACCCGCACCACCCCGUCACCAGCCUGAUCACCAAAUCAGGCGAGAUCCCCAUCUCGGUUCAAGAUGCGCAGACCGGAGCCGUCGCCGCGCGCAUCGCGCACAAUACCCGGAUUCACGCGCAGCGCUUCCCACUCGCGGAACUACUUGCUCUGCACCCUACGGUGCGGCCGUAUCUCAACGAGUCCGAGAGUAAGGAUUUUCCGCUUUUCUCUAUCGUCAAUGGCAUGAGUCAGCUGUUUAUCGAGUUACCAUCGCUGGAGGCGCUGGCUGCGGUGACUCGGCCCACGGGUGCGCAAUUGAUUCCGACGGAGAAGUAUCUGGAUGCGGGGUGGCAGUCUGGAUUGAUCUGUGUGUACUUUUAUGUGCGAGAUGUGGAGGAUGAGAAGAUGGGGGGUAAGGUGAUCCGGACGCGAAUGAUGUUGAGUGGGAUUGAGGAUCCGGCGACGGGGAGCUCGGCGAGUGGAUUGGCGGCGUAUUUGGCACUGACGGAGGGCGAGGGGAGGGGGAAGCAGCAGUCUCAGGAGGGAGGAGAUGGACAGAUUCGAUAUCACUUUGUGCAGGGAGUGGAGAUGGGUAGACGGAGUGAUAUCGGGGUGAAUGUGAGGAUGGAGGGGGGAUUUAUUCAGCAGGUGGAAUUGACAGGGACAGCGGUGCGGGUGUCGGAGGGAGUGGUUGCUGUUCCGGAGGUGGAUAUGUAG